UUUGUUCCUCUACUGAAGGAGGUAGUAAUAGUCUUGGCAGCACCUUGUUACUUUCAAUCUAGUCUGAAGCCUCCUACAGCACCCAGGAGACAUGAACUUGAGCAUUGUCCUCGUCACAUUUGCAAUCUUGAUCCUUCAUAUAUCUGAGGCCAUGUUUCCUGUGAUUGUUGACUGUUGCACCGAAGUAGCCCGCCACAUUCCCAGAAGACGGCUAAGAACGGUGGUAAAGUUUAAGAUCCAGAAGGGUGAAGUAUGCAAGAUACCGGCUGUAAUUCUCUACACAAAGCACAAAAAGCUAUGUGUAAGUCCACAGAACAAACAUGUUAAGAGAUGGAUAAAACAGAAAGAAAAAGGUGCCCGAAGAACCAGUCAUCAUUUUAGAAAGAGGAAGAAAACUCCAAAAGGAAGGAAAAAGGAAAUAAAACAGUAGCACGCUGAUUGCCGAAAUAGUCAGUACCUUGUAAUAAAUUCAACAAAGAUCUUGUAAUGA